AUGCCCCGUGAACUUGUAACAUCAAAGACUAACCAGGAAGAGAUUGCUAAGGCAACAAUUGACACAAUAUGUCUUAAGCGUUUCUUUCCUUCUCCUCACCAUCAUCGUCUUCCACCUCUUAUCUCCGCUACUGUCACCGAAGCCAAUGGCAACGACCCUGACCCCAACGAUACCAAUGACAACGCGGACGAAGCCAAUGUCAAUGACCCUGACCCCAAUAAAAAGAUGUUUUGCGUGCCCACCAAUCAAGCUUCCGAUGCUGAGUUACUGAAAGCCUUGGAUUGGGCAUGCGGCCAAGGCAUUGAUUGUGGUCCGAUUCAGCCAGGUGCCGUUUGCGGUAAUCCACCCACCAUCAGGUCCCGUGCAGCAUUUGCCAUGAAUUCUUACUAUAGGUCUAAAGGAGGCCUUCCAGGCACUUGUGAUUUUAGUGGCACUGCUACUCUCGUCACCGAGGAUCCAAGUAAGCCGAGUUUUGCUACGGCGAUUGCAAAUAUGUUUGAAGAAUUGGAUGAGAGGAAGACCAGUCAUGAUUUAUAG